AUGGACGAGCUAUUGGACUCUAUCCGCAUCCUAGAACGCAGGAAAGAGGAGCUCCUGCGCGAAGUCGCUGAUGUUGACCUCGCUCUUGACGUCCAGAAGGCUCAAUACGCCAGACUCUUGAACGACCAGGCUCCCAUCUACAAGCUGCCUAAUGAGCUCCUAAUAACCAUCUUCAUAACCUGUCAACAGAGCCUCCGGCAUUCGAGCAAAGCCACAACUACCCCUUUUCAAGUGGUCAUAUCCCACAUAACUCACCGCUGGCGUCAAGUCGUCUUGUCCACUCCGUUAUUAUGGAACACUAUCAACUUCCGCGUGAGGCCAAUGAACCACGUCCAAAGGCACAUCCUGUCGCAAUUACAAGCGCAUCUAACGCGUUCGGAUACGUGCUUUCUCGACAUCACGCUCGAUUUCCACAUUGUAGAUAACAUAUCCGCUUAUCUCUCCCUCCUGAGCCCAGAAUCGGCGCGCUGGAGGCGGUUGGCGAUUAUUACGAGAUAUGAGCAAAUCGACGAGAUUCGCGCUCUGCUGCGUGACGCCCACGCGCCGUUAUUGGAGCAUCUGUCUCUGAGCCUUGGGAAACCUCAAGACGGAACUGGGUCUCUAUCUCCUAGGAAGCAGUAUGCCUGUGUGCUCCCCACUAUCACUCCCAGUGCCUCAUCUUUGAGGUUCGUACGACUUGCAGGCCUCGCGUUAGGUAGUUUGCACCCACCGACUUCGUCUAUAACUACUCUUCACUUGGAUGGAUGGACUCGACAUUACAUGACCUAUGACCAAUUCAAAAGUAUACUCACGGCGGCGACCUCUCUUGUGAACUUGUCCCUAAAUCAAUUAUGCAUACAUCACCCUCGCGAUCCUUUUGAAAUUCUUCAGCCUGUUGAACUGGCGCAUCUUCGGAAUCUACGCAUUCGAGGCACAUGUCGACCAUUAAGCCUGAUGCGAAUGCCAAACCUCCAUUCAAUAUCUCUGCAGAAUGUCGAUACUUUCGAUUCAGACGCCAUACCCUCUGUCCAGUCGCUGCAUCUCGACUCUUGCGCCCUCGACAGAAUAGAAAUUGACCAUUUGAUACGCUCAUUCCCUGCAAUCAGAACACUAAGCAUCGACGAGUCACUACCGGAUAUUUACGACAAGCUGAUACCCGAAACCGUGCUUGGGACGUCGCCUGCUAACACACCAUGGCCGCAUUUGCAGACAAUCAUGCAGCACGACCUGCUGAACACGGACGUCCCGCAAUUCUGCCACAUGCUGUUCGAUAUGAGCCGAACGCGCAAGGAGCUUACCAAGGUCUGCCUUGACCGACGCAGCCGCACCGUGCUUCGGGCAAAGCUCCGGCUGGACUGGCUACAAAAUCUGCUGCAGGUUGAGAACUGCGACGUCGAGGAGCCUUGGCCGCUCGGUCUCGGGUAUGAAGACGCGCACGACCUUUUGCAGUAA